AUGUCGCCUCUCGCGGCUGUGGCCGCUGUGGCGGCGAGGCACCGUGAAGGCCCUCCACCGGAAACGCCUGUGCAGAAGAUGAGCGAUGCCGCUGGACAGACGUGUGCAAGACGGAGCGGGGUGGGUUGGUGCGGACGUCUUCGUCGAUUUUCGUCUCCCCUUCUGGGUUCUGCUAUCAUUCUCUUCCUCCUGUCUGGCUUCUUGUCCAACCCUGGAGGCAGCACGCGGGAGGCUGAGCGCAGAACCGCGACGCCGUUGCCUCUUCUCUCCGGCGCGAGUGCGUUGCCUUGGCCUCCCUUGUCGGUAUGGCCUUCGGCUUCUCCUGGGACGUCGAGGAACGGCGACGAAGAGCUGGACAAGGUGCGCUCCACUGUGUCCUCCUGGUGGUCUGUGGUUACGCAGGCAGCGACCGGGGAAAAGCCGACAGAAGCAGUGGAAUCGCUUGAGACAGAACGGCGCGUCUCCGAGGUGCCUCCCACGCCUGCUGGGUUCUACUUCUUCCCUGAUUCUGGAGACAAAACGGGGAAAAUCAAUUGCAGCGUAGAACCCGCCAACUUCCCAGCGGACGCAAGGGACUUCGUCGUGCAGUGCCCCUCCAGUGUUCAGACCGCUAGUCUCCUGCUUCUCACCAAAAAGGAGAACAGAAAGUUCAGGAUCCCUGGCUCGUCGAUGUCGACGUCAACCAUGCCUCUCCACUUCGCGGCUGCCGCCGAGGACGCCCGCGAGGUGUCUUUAGAGAUCUGCGACGAGGACGCAGACGCGACUCUGUCUCUCACUUCGCUGAGCAUCCCGGUGUCCUCUCUUUUCUCUCUGUUUUCGGUUUUCGGCCCGUCCAACACCUCAAUGUCCUCGAAGGCGCGCGCGGAGUCGCUGACGCCGUUCCUGGCCCCGCCGAGCCCCAUUGCAGCCGCUGCCGACUGCCGCCGGGUGUCGAUUUUUCCGGUUCAUCUUCCGGGGCAGGGCCUUGCGGUCCCUCGACUCGCCCAGUUGGCUGUUUCCCGCGGAGUUCCAGGCGUUCCGUCUCUUCAGCCGCCGUUCAACUCGGAAAUUCUCGAGUACCACGCGACUUUGCCUGAAGCUCAGUCCGUGACGGUGGCGGCUGUUGCCGCUCCAGGGUUCUUUUUAACGGCCGCUGAGGAAGGCGGAAGCGUUCCGGCGCGGGAUGAUGCGAAGGCGACGGACCCGCUCGCGCUCUCAGCUCAGGAACGCAAGUCCUCACUGCUCCACAAAGUAACGUGCGGCGAACCUGGAACGGCCAUUCAGUUGGUUUUGUCCGUGUUCUCGUCCGUUUCCGGCAGCGCACGCUUGUGUAGUGGCAACGCCAAGUGCGUGCUGAACGACCUGGUGCAGAAAACGCUAAAUGGGAUGAAACUGUUCGGCAACAGCUCCGACCCGGUCCACUACCGGGUGUACAUACACUGUGUGGCGCCACACGCAGGGCGAGCUGCUCUCGCGGGGAUCCAGCCGACGCGCGGUCAGCUACUUCCACGGGUUUUCUCGCCGGAGAAGCAUCUCUACUAUUUGCGCCUGCCUGCAGGCGCCAACGGAGAUAAUGUAACCUUCCGGGCCGCCGACACCCAGACAGAAAUCGUGGUGGGCGAAGCAGGCCGCAAAAGGAGCACAGGCGUUGCCAAGAAUGUUCCGCUGUGGCUGCCGCCCAAUGAGGAAUCACGUGUCGUGCCGAUUCGUAGCUUCGUGAAAAAAAGUGGAGGACGAGGCGAAGAAGACGGGGAAAUGUAUUUUGUUAUUCUCGUUAGGGCAACAGAAGGCCAAGCUAGUGCCGCUGACGGCAUCCAGCCGCUCCUGAAGAACCUCAACCUUCUUGGAGCCACUCUGAACCCCCCCUUCGACUCAAAUGUGUUCCACUUCUCUGCACAAGUGCCUGUGGAUCGCAAGUUCGUCGGCCUUCAACUGGGAGAGGCAGUGCCAGGCUCUCAUAUCCACGUCGAUGGCAACCUCUUUCUCCCUCGGCACCAGACAGCCUUCUACCGCCUGGGGCCCGGUGACACCAGGCGCAUCUCGAUUGUCUUGUCCUCUCCGGACAGUGAGACUUCUUUCCCCAGUGAAACAGACGGCGCGGCUUUGGGCGUCGCCCAGAACGGCGCCUCCGAGAAACAGAGCAAACGCGAAGUUGUCUACACCAUCGAGGUUACGCGACCUACGGCCUGGUUCAGUGGCGCUUCGCUGGUUCCAGCGCUGGCGGACGCAGCUUGCUGGGGCUCCGGCAUCGUCCACGCCUUCGCGGGAGCUGGGUGGCUAGCCAUCGCCAAGACACUCAACUUCGUUGCCAUCACCGCAGCCAUUCCAGGUACCCCGGAGAUGUGGGCGGGCUUUUCGAGACGCUUCUUCGACUUUGGUCUGCAAGUCACUCUGCCUUCGAGUUGGGUGGAGGUCGUCGACGACUCUGCCCAGGGCCGUGCAGGCCCGCAGCUUCUCCCCUCAGCUUCUUCGCCUCUGGGCAGACUGAUUCCAGCCACACUCCUUGGAAGUGAACUCGUCUCGCCCUCGCCUCUUCUCCCCGCCUCUCUCUCUUCGCCCAGCAUCCUCGCGCAGGUCCCCCUCACUUUCGUUCGUCCCUCCGUUCCGCUCCAAAGUGCUGCGGCCGUCCACCCGCCCGCCUCGGCCUCGGCCUCGGAAAUGCGACUUCGACGGCUCUCUGCUUUCUCCUCCUCGUUCAUUUCUCUGUCAUCGACAGACCCGCUGCUGGCUUCUGAAGUCGUGGCGCCUGUUGAAGGGAGUAGCGCAGAGCAGAAGAGCUGGGAAGAGGUGUCCGAGCACCUCCUGCGCUACUUGGAAAUCCAGAGCGACCGCAGCGACAUGUUGGGUCGGUUCGCCUCUUGCGUUCUCCUCUACGCGUCGCUGCUUCUCGUCUCUGUCUUCCUCUUCGCGCUCGUCAUUGCCCGCAGGAUCUUUGAACGGAGACACCAAGCCGCCCUCGAGGCAUUUUCAGCGGCGUCCCCGGCCGAAGGCCUGCAGGACGACGGCCCGACUGAGCGGCCCCAGCAGCCAACCAAGGGGGUUUGGAGAUUUCUGCCUGACAAAUUCGCCGUCCCCUCGAGUGUGUUGAUCUUUCUCUUCGAUUACGGCCUCAUCUCUUUCGCCCAAGCGAGUGCAGGCCUCGCAUUUGCGGAGAAGACGUUGUCCCUGAGAAUCUUCGGCGUCCAUUUCUCGCCGUGGUGCCUCUUCACCAUCUGUAGCGCCCUCCUGGUCGUGUACCCGAUCGGCUACUUGGUCUGGGCCCACAGCACCCUUCGCUUCCUCAAAAAGAAAGUCGUCUUCUGCUCCGCUUUGCAGAAAUACACCGACCGUCGAGUGUACGAGGUCAAGGCACGAAUCUCGCGGUUCUCGUUCCUCCCGCCCUUCCUAGCGGAGCUCUGCUCAGGGGAGCUCCGCUCUGUGGCGCCGAUCAAGGCGCCGUGUGUGUCGGCGGCGGCUGGCCUCGCUGUGCCGCUCGAGGCGGCCGAGGCGGACGAAGAAACAGAAGACGAAUCGGGCGACUACCACCGCAGCUUUUCGUGCGGCGGUGGGAUGGCUUUGACUGGGGACCUAUUGGCAAAAGGCCAAGAGCGUGCGUUGUCUUCGUUCUCCUCGAGCUGUGAAGAACUCAGUGCGAGCUGUGCUCACCACCACGCCUCGUUCUGUUCCGCGUUGCUGCCACCGUGCCUCCGAGGGCCGGAAGGCGACGCGCAGCGUCCCGAAGGCGCCGAGGCGGGAGGUUUUCCGGAGCCGGAAGAAGUGGGAGAGAGGCCAGGCAGAUGCCUCAUUAUCCGCGAGGAGCUGGGGGACCAGCGGGGGGCUGCAGGAAACGGCGAAAACGAAGUCCUGCUGCAGCUCGAUGGAGAAGCGUACGAAGUCCACGGCUACGAGGCUGCAAAUGCCAUUCUCUGCCGAAAGUGGUCGCAGGCGUCUGUUGGACGCGUCAGCGUCAGCAUCUCGCGCAGCGGCACCGCCUUGGGCGCGUCUUCGCGCGCGUCGGUGCUAAACGCUGAGGCCGAGAUUCAGCUGGGUCACCUCUCGAGUUUGGCCUGGCUCUCUGCUGGUCUCGGGAAGCCUCUGCACUUUUGGGCUCCCACGCGAAAUCUGCAGCUGAGCUACGCUGACCGCUACGCGCUGCUCCUCCCCCCUUCCGCCAGCGGCUGUCCACGCGCGUUGCUUCACUUCCUCACCGUUCGCUGCUCGCUGGUUGGCGCCGUCCUCCUCGUGAGUCUGCACUCCGCAGUUGGCGUCUCGUCCUCGGCAGUCUUGGCGCUGCUGCUCCUCGGCUGCGGCGUGAACGUCGCACUCAACCUUCCGGAGGCUUUGCAGCGGUCCACAGACAGGUGGGAGCGACGCUGCUUCGCGGGCGAGCGGAGAGCCGGCGGAGAGCCGCUGCCGGCAGCGGCGCGUCGGGAGCUUUUGGGUGACCCUGGAACCACGCGGUUCUUGGGCGGAGAUGACGGUCGCGGCGAGGGAACUGGAUUCGUCGCCGUCGCGGAGACGCACCGGGCAGAGAUCAAAGAACUCAGGAGGCAGUGGACGCUCUGGAAGUACCGCGGAGACCAAGGCAAUGCUGACCUGGGAUGCUGGCUCGCCAGAGUCCACCCUGUCGUGCGCGGGCUCCUGGGGCACCGCUGCUGGCGCAGUGCGCCCGUCCACGUAGCGGCAGACCUCCUGCGGGGCCUCGUCGGCGCCGAACUGGCGAAGGCGACCCUUCUUCUGCUUCUGUUGAGCUGCAACGACAAGAUCGGGGAAGCUCAGCUCCACGUCUCUGCAGCGCUCGCGGGAGCCUGCCUGGUGCUCCUCGCUCUGAUUCUCCUCUCCACUGAGGAGAUCCGGAGGGCGGCGGUCGCCUGGGGGCAAUGGUUCGAAAAACUGAAACUUCAGGCUUUGGUGGGACUGCACAGAGCCACGGAGGCACUGCGCAACUGGCGAUUCUACGCCCACCUUACUUCUUUCUACUGCGGACUGGCUGCACGGUGGCUGCACGCCAUCGUCACGGCCAACCGCCGCAACACAAAACCCGACGACUGGCGCUAUCCGACAACAGCUCCAGGCUUCAUCAACUCUGAAGUGAAUCUCCCAGUGCAGCAGCUGCACGUCGUCGCGCCAGAGACCGGCCUUCUUUUCCACGCGCGUGCCCCACAAGCGCCCUCUGUGACGUCGACGGCCAAGACGAGGUUCUUGUCCUCAGUGACAUCCCUGCUUUUCCCAAAGGCUUCGAACGCCACCGACUACACUCCACUCACAGCGAAUGGAGAAACCAUCGAUGUGUCCAGCGUUUCCGCCUCCGUGCCUCUCCGCAAGCGCCUGGUUCGCCUCGGGCCUGUGCCGCAGAGCCACGUCGAGGCUCAGCUCCCUGUCCAGAUCGAUGCCUCGAGCCUCCUGGAGAGUCUUCAGGGCUCCGCCCAGAGCACCUGCGCGGGCCAGCUGGUGGCCACGAUUCAGGUCGUGCACAGACCCAGCUACCGCUACCCCCUGUACGAUAAGGCGUUUUCUCCCCUUUCCUCCUUCUUGGCGAUGGCGGAGCCGAGGUACUCCCGCGCGUGGCUGCGGGCCCUGAACACAACAAGGCACUUCUCGCCUUCCCGCGCAGAGACCGACUCGUAUCUUUCGCUGUACACGGACGAGUCGCUCGUGCCUCCGAGUGGACGCAGCCUCCGCGGCGGCUUGCAUCUGUCGCAGGAGGAAGAGGAGCGGGCUCGGACGCAGGCUCCCGAGGCCGCCCUCGAAAAGGUCGCCGCGGUCGUCCGCCUGGAGGCGUGGGGCGGGCGGAGACAGCUGCGGAUCCUCUCCGACCGCAUUCGCCUCGCGCACACCUACCGCGUGUCGCCGGUGGAAAAGCGGCUACCCGAGACCUCCGCGGCAGCCAGCGCCGAGGAGAUCGACGGAGAAGUCGCCGAGUGCCUCACCAGCGGCCGCCUCGAAGUGACGCUCCCGCUAGGAGAGAAACCCGACUUGAGAGGAGACAUCCACGUCGUCCCACAGGGCGCCUUGCCUGCACACUUCGUCAUCACCCCAGAUACGGUGGCUGUUCACUACGACGAAUCGCUGAACCGAGUGCUUCUCAAGCACCGCCAACUGCAGAGAGGAACACGCUACGCCACUCGCUUCUUCUCCAGGCGGGCCAUGGCCCCGCCUCCGUCGGCCCGCGUGCAGGCAACAGAGAAGGGUCGCCUUCUUGUCCCUCUGCAGGGUAGCGCCCUUCCCGACCUCGACAACUUCCUGCUGGUUCUUUCCCCUGAAGAGGAGCCAGGGGUGGGCCUCGUCGUGGACCCAGCCCUCACAGAUGCUCACAUCUGCUUCGUUCCCGCUCUUCGUCCCCCGCCUCGCUCUGCCUCGGUUCUCGGCCUCUCGAACGACCAGGGAAAGUCGGACGCUGCGGACCACUCCGGGGGCGACGUCAGCACUUUAGCCCGCAGCUGCACGCGCAUGCUCUUUCGUGCCUUAGGCGGCGAAGAAGACGAAGCCGCUUUCUUGCCUCCUCUACCAUGCACGAUCCUCGCGGAGCUGUCAGGCGAUCCAGACGAGGAGGCCGAAAGCAGCGGGAGAAGCGACGAGGGACUGGGAAACUUCAGAGUGGAGCCCAACUACAAAUCGCAACGCCUGGUCUUCGCCGCGGAGCUGAACGAGAGAGAUGCGCUCUUGCAAGACCUGCUGGCGAACGGAGUUGCCGCGUUGCCCACUGUGGCGGAGGCGGUCUUGUCCUCGUCGGAGCUCACGUCUUUCUUCGCUGACCGGGGAAUUCACACGAACGGAGAAAGCAGUUGGAUCAACCCACUGACGGACACCGAGCACUGUGCCGUCAGGGAGUACUCUCGGGAACUCGUCCACGUGAAAGCCUCUCUGAUUGACCACCUGGCCGCUUGCAUUGACAAGGAAAUCCGCUAUUUCCAAAUGGUGGUUAAAGACCUAGAGACGCUGGAAAAGAUGCAGAACGACGCAAUCCUUCGCGGAGCUGUGCAAGAGCAUGAUGAGGCGAUCAAGAUGGGCAAGAGUCUCGAGGAGCUCUCCUUCCUCAACACGAGAAUGGAGCGUGUGAGGCAAGACCGCUACUCGCCCCGCUUCUUCCGGUCCGUCCCGUUCCCCCUCGAGCUGGCGGGUUCAGCCAUUGCUCUCAAGCCGCGUCUCGCAGACCAAAUGAGGAAAUGGGAAGAGCAGCUGGGCCUGUGGCUCACAGGCGAGAUUGGCGCAACGACAGAAGACGCCCCAAAGGGCGGUCCGGGCCGCCUGGAAGCGGCUGUUGAUAACAUUCUUCAGCAGGUAUACACGUGUUUCUACUCGCGAUCUCCGCCAAUGACUCAUUCCCGCGCAGCGGCCGCCUCGCCGUCUUUCGCCUCGCCGUCCCCCCCCCCAGUUCUUCACUUCGUAGCCAGUAGCCAGACGCUCUGUGGCGGGCCCUCGACCUGGCGACCCGACCCCCUGCCUGCUCACGCGGCCUUUGUCCAGCUCUGGGAACGAGUUGAAGAAGAAGGCGAAGCAACGGAGAGAGCUGUGUGGAUUCCGUGCUUUCUCAAGCUCACUGCCUCGGCUCUUCAAUUUGUGUUCCCGCACUUCAUCGCGCGAUCCCUAGACUCGCCAGCGCGGCCAGAGCGCCGGUUCCUCCCGCUACAGUUCGUCAAGCUCUGCGACUUGUCAGCCUCGGCGCCGUCGACUCUGGACAGCGAGCACGCGUGGGCAGUCGGCGCAGCGCGGUCGGGCAAGCACGAGGAAGAUGAAUUUCCCCACCUCAGGACGCAGAACCUGCGGAUGCAGUUCACCACCGUCGAGGCCCACGAGGCGUCAACCACCGCCGAGAACUCGUCGACCCGCGUCCUGCCAGCUGACCACCUUACUCUCGCCGGUUCCGCUGCUUCGCGCAAGUUCUUCUUCUUUUCUUCGAAAGACGCGACAUCUCUGGUCUCGGUUCGGACCUCGACGCGGCACUUGGCGAUGUGGCAAACGAUGCUCGUCGGGGCGGAAAUGCACAAGCCGAAACAACUCAUUGAAGGGUACGAGGGCAAAGUCCGCUUCGUACUCCCCGCCUUUGCCUCGCGCCGCGCGCCUUCGGGUCCGUAUCACCUGCUCUUCACGAGCCCAGAGGGCGAGCUGCGAGCUCGCCGCGGCGGGGCCUUGCGCCGCCCGCGCCUCUUCAGUUCGUCUCCGCUGCUUUCUCCGGCCUUCCACAAAGCCCCGGCUGCUGCGCACAGCGCGGUUGCUGGCGGCUCACGUUUGCCAGCGCCGAGUCACCCGUACGUCGCUCUGGCCUCUGGAGAAGAAAAGCUGACUGCGGCGACGCGGCAGGAGCGGCGGCAGCAGUCGCAGUACCUCGGCCGGCAGCAAGACGACGCGUUCCACGCCACUUCGGGGACCUGUCGCAUGCAGGAAGGAGUCGAGGAAGAAAGCCCUUCCGCCGCGACAGGGGAGGGCCACGCUCUGCUGGAGAGGCCUCACAGCUCUCUGCCGCUCCGGGCGAAGCACCGGCGGUCGGACGCGCCUCUGAGCCCGUCGGCGGGUCCGGCUGCGCCCGCGAGGCCCUCCACCUUCGCUGAGGGCGGCGGGCGAGGACACGCAGAGCAGGACGCGCGAGACAAACAGCCGGACGCUGCAGGCCAGUGGGUCAGAGAAGAAGCUGGAGAGCAGAAUUUCUACGACCCUUCGACAUCCCCACCACAGUUCCUGGGGAGAUACGUCGGCGAAUGGUCCAUGAGUCGCUACCAUGGAGAAGGAAGACUCUUUGACCAUCGUGACAGGCUUGCUUACGACGGAACGUGGGCGAAUGGACGACGCUGGGGGCAGGGCGUAGCCUACUCGCAGGACGCGAACGGCACGUGGUGGAAGCAAGUCGGCACCUUCGUGGACGACGAGCUGGAAGGGCCCGUGAGGCUUGCUGUCCUCGAGGAGGCAGACUACGAUUUCGAUCCGUCCAGAGCCCCCUGCGGUGCGAGCAAGAGCACCGUUCAAAUCCUCGAAAUCGAGGGCGUGGUCGACGCUGUACAUCCGGGCGCCGAGAAACCUGCAUCUGCCACAUGCCUCCCAGCAGAAGCUGCAUGGACUUCGGGGCCGCAGCCGAGCAUCACGAAGGAGCGCGAGGCGGAGUAUCUACCCUUCCUUUCGAGAUGGGGCAAGCUUCUUGGGCCGACGGCCGACCCUGACAGUCCAUCUCUCUGGGACCGCCUCAACCGGUCCUUCACUCAUAUCAAGUUCGUUGACGGCUCCGAGUUCUUCAGAGCGAUGGGUCGAAGCGCCCUGAAUGGCCUCAUCGCCGGUCGCCUUCGCACCGAGAAUUUCGUCUACGAAGGCUCCUUCGUGGAUGGGCGAGCAGAGGGAAGAGGAAAAAUCAGGAGCAUUCACAGCGGGGCAGAAUACGAGGGCGAGUGGCGCUCCGGUCUGCGACACGGCAAGGGUGUUCUGCGACUCCCGCGGCCAACACCCGGAACUCAAAUCGUCAUUGCUGCCACAUUCAAGGACGGCUUCGCGUCGUGCUCGAGCGGCAAGAUCGACCUGGAGCGCGCGUCGUUCUGCGAAGACACGAAGGAAAUCGAGAGGCGAGUGGAGGGCGACAUCGUUCCCUUCACGUCCUACGUCGGGGGUCUCCACGACGGGCUGCCUCACGGAACAGGCGUGAUGGUGUUUGACAGCUUCAUCUACGAAGGCGACUUCUUCGCAGGCUGCAGAGAAGGCAAAGGCGUGGUGAAAGACAUUCGGAAGAAGGGACUCAUCCGAGUCGAUGGACCGUGGAAAGACGAUGUGCCUCAUGGCCGCGUCAGCCGCGUAGUCUACCCUGACGACUCUAUUUUCGGUGGCGAUUUCGUCCACGGAAAGCGGGAGGGUCACGGCACUCUCAUCCGGAACAACACGGUCGUCUACGACGGUCUGUGGCGAGAUGAUGUCCCCGAUGGACGCGGCACGUUCGUCAAUGAAGAAGGCACUUAUGAAGGAGAAAUUCGCAAAGGCAAGAGACACGGAAAGGGCCGGUUCACCUUCCUCAACGAAACAACUGAUGCAGGAGAGUUCUGCUUCUACGAAGGAGACUGGGACAACGAUUUGCCUCACGGCGUUGGCAAACUCAAAGGCCCGUCCGGCAAAGAAGGAGCCUUCCUAUUUGUUCGCGGGCGCAUCGACCCCAGCCUCAAGUUGAGGCGCGCCGACAAGGGCGGCAGCGCCCUAGAGCUUCCUCCGGUCGGGUUUUCGCCGUCGAUCAGCCCCAAUCCGGCCUGGUGGAAGGCAGGGACCUCGCGCCUGAACCGUCUCCAUUUGAAGCGUACGCUCGACGACGGCAACACGCGGUUUGGAGAUUUCUACGAGUCACAGACCUUCGCAUUUGGUGUGACCCCAAAAGGUUGCCCUCCUCGCAGCAAAUCGGGAGUCGCGCUGCCAGUCUCCUUUCCCGAUCUCCUCGAGUUGGACGAUGACAGAGGAACUCCCUUUGUCCUUCAAACCCCAUCUGGGCGUCGCAUUUCCUAA